AGAAAGAAAGUAAGAAGAAGAAGAAGAAGAAGAAGAAGAAGAAAAAAAAAAUCCACUGGUACUUUAAAAGGGCAAGCCUCUCACGAUUAGAGGAAACCGGUGAAAGUUUGCCCGCUGAACGUCUCGCGCUCCAUUUCAGCAUGCAGGUGUCACUGGCGCUCGUGCACUACGGCGCGCGGCUGCUGUUGCUGCUGCUGCUGCUUCAACAGGGAUGCUUCACAGCGGCGCAAGGAUGGAGGGUUUUUAAAAAUGAUGCUACAGAAAUUAUACCAGAAUACAUGGAGGACACGCAGCGACCCGAAGAGCAGAUACAACUUUCUAACAAUAACACACUGAACCGGGCUAAGAACGGGGGAAGGAGGUCAUCAGCAAACUCACGUACUUAUGGAGCCUCUGAACUGAGUUGUCGGGAGCUGCGUUCAACUCGCUACAUUACAGAUGGAUCUUGCCGCAGUGCCAAGCCAGUGAAGGAACUGGUGUGUUCUGGUCAAUGUCUUCCAGCUCAUCUAAUGCCAAAUUCAAUUCUAAGGGGAAAAUGGUGGAGAAGCAGUUCCUCUGAUUACCGUUGCAUCCCUGCUCACUCUCGCACCCAGAGGAUACAGCUCCAGUGUCCAAACGGACCAAACCGGACAUACAAAAUCCGAGUGGUCACCUCUUGCAAGUGCAAACGCUACACUCGCCAUCACAACCAGUCAGAUGCCAAGGAGUUGUCAUCCCAGAAGCCACGACGCAAUAAGAAGCACACACGCAUUCCGCAGGGGCGAGGCCGUAGCAAAAUGCCCACAGUCAACAGCAAUUCCUACUGAAGGGGAAGCCAUUCAUAUGUGUGAACUGAUAUAAAAACUUUCUCUCUUGCACACAUACACACAUACAAAUACCUAUAUGCACACAUACUUCCGAAACUAAAAAGCUCAACUACUAAAAGAGGGAAGGAAUCAAAUAAAGGAAUAAACUCAUUACCAUUUAAUGAACUUGUUGCCCUGGCCAACAACUUUCCAAUGUAUUUCAGAUGUGCCACUGUUUGCAUGAGUUCUUCAGCCUUAAUAGUACCAGUAACAGAAAUGUUUAAUUACAGAAUACCAGAGGAUUAAUGGACUUUUGAGUGAAAAGAGGUAUGCUGUUGUGAGAGAUUAGUUCAGAGAAUGUGUGUCAAUCAGUUCGUGAUAAUAUUGAGGAAGGAAUACCAUCUCAGGAAUAACUCCUACGCAGUUCAUUUCAAGUUUUAAGUUCAUUGGAAGGGUAAGCUAACUCAGACUAGGGUCAAACUCCAAAAGCUCAACCGAUCUGCUAAGUGCUGCAAACGUGUUGCUUAUGUGAAUGUUUGUAUACCAGAUUUGUCAUCCUCUUUUGGCACUUAGUGGCAUAUGAUUAGCCUAUCCAGCGGUGUUGGGUUCAAGUGACACGCUGCUGCUGACAGUUUGUUGAGGCCCAGAAUUCUUAACCUUGGUCAUUUGACCAGCCCUUGAGUCCUCUUGACAGGCUGGGUAGCUGAGCCAGUCACUGUGUAAGUUUCCGCAACUUUACAUUUCCACAAGAAACUUAUCGGAACUGGCAGUUAGAGGCCUGUUACGGAGAGUUUGAAAAGUUGUGUCAGCUCUCCAUGGACCAAGUCUCCAGAGGUCAAGAACCGCAAACGGUAUUCCUGUGACGUCCUAAUUACCAAAUAGUUCCAUUCCUGUGUUUAGGAUCUGAGUCAUAAAAAGCCAUUUCCUCUAGACAUGGUCAGUUCCUGUUUGUUAGAACACCAGAAAAAGAGGCCCACAAUUUGCAGCAAUUCCGCCGCGUUACUUUGCGGGCAUAGAACUUUUCAGCACUCUCCUUCAGUGGAAACCAUUUGGAGAUAUUCAGCCAUCUGCAAUCACUAGCAGAUAUUUAAAUAGUCACCUACAUCCAUCACUGAGCUCUUCAGAGAAGACGUCAUCCUCCCUGUCUCUACGUCUGCCUUUGUACAGGAAAGACGAGAUAAAUAAGAAGUGAAUCUAAUUUUGAAAUGUUGGGCUGGAUGGUUGAUAUUACACGGGAUAAAGAGAUAAGAGAAUGCCAAAUCAGACAGUUUUGUCUACACACACAUCUUGGCUUCGGUCUGUUUAAUGACGACUAUUCCAUUCAUUUUUGUAGCAUUCUCUGCUCACGACUUCCUCGCCUGUUUUCUAAACAGUGCUGACAAUGUUUGCUUAUGUUUCAUUUGUGUAUUUGAAAUAGCAACUGGAAGGGAUUUUUUUUUUAUAAUGUAAACAGUUUCCAAAAAUAGCAUUUGUACAUAAUUUACCUGUGUGGUCUAAUUCAGCGGUAUCCUCUAAAUAACAGAGUACUCAACAAAUGGAUCCACACCCUGUUUGACCAAAAGACUGUUACGAAGAAUGAACUGCAUAUUUAUUUUUUAAUUUAGACAUUUAAAUUAUUUAUGCAAUCUUUUUUCUAGAAAAUAAUAGCCAUUAUUAUACUAUAUGUAAUUAUAGUAAAUUUCAUAAUGAAAAGAGAACAUGAAUAAAGCUAAGCAAUGUAUAUUUGAAAAAAAGAAAAAAAAGAAGUGUGUUUGUUAUCAUUCUUGUUAGACUGCUUUGACAGUUCUUUUCUGCUCUCAGGCUGAGCCCGCAUGCUAAGUUUGUCCCUCAAUGAGCCCUCUGUAAACAAUACUCCUCAAUUAGGAAGUAGAGGCUUUAUAGCACUUUGGAAUGUCUAAUACACCUUUACAAAAGGCGAAAAAAGGAAAUUGGCACCCAAAAAUCCCCACGUCAGAUGGGAACAGGACAGUCACAACAGAAAUGGCUUUUUUUAACCAGUAUGGUGAAAUCAACCCAUAGGCCAACAUUCAUGGGUUUGUUUGUCUAAGCUUUUAGUAAUAGUCACUGUCUGAGCCAUAGUUGUAAAGGAAAUGUGGAUUGGCAGGCUUGAUUGAAUCCUUCUAAUCUUGAUGCUCUGUGUC